UCAGGCUGUGCUCACAGUUUCCUCUGGCGGCAUGUAAAGACUCCACAAAGGACCUGGGAGUUCAACUGAGGCUGCUGCAGUGGGCCUGGGGAUGGACCCCAAGCCUUGAGUGGUGCUGGCGGACCCAGGACCUACAAGGGGCAUGCACUAAGGCAGCUGCAGUCCACACUGUGAGGGAGAGCAGGUUGGGAGCAGCCCCAACGACAUCCCAGCCAGCCCCAUCCCCAGAAGCCGCUGAGAGCAUAGACUGCUGCCAGCAGAGGCCAGUAAGGCAGGGCUGCUCGGCCGCCAGUCCAGCCUGAGCCUCGGGACCCCUCCUGGAGGCGAUGGCCAGGUUGCCCUGCUGACGGCACCGGGAAGCAUGUGAGGCGCUGCUCCAGAGCUAAGCCGGAGAGAAGAGGCUUUCAGAGACCUCAUUCACAAAGACCAACCAACACACUGCAAGGACCAUGAGGCCACUGUGUAUGACCUGCUGGUGGCUUGGACUGCUGGCCACUGUUGGAGCUGCUACAGGCCCAGAGGAUGACGUUGAGGGCACAGAGGAUGGUUCACAGAGAGAGUACAUUUACCUCAACAGGUACAAGCGGGCAGGCGAGUCCCCGGACAAGUGCACCUACACUUUCAUUGUGCCCCAGCAACGGGUCACAGGUGCCAUCUGUGUCAACUCCAAGGAGCCCGAGGUGCACCUGGAGAACCGGGUUCACAAGCAGGAGCUGGAGCUGCUCAACAAUGAGCUGCUCAAGCAGAAGCGGCAGAUCGAGACGCUGCAGCAGCUAGUGGAGGUGGACGGUGGCAUCGUGAGUGAGGUGAAGCUGCUGCGCAAGGAGAGCCGCAACAUGAACUCUCGAGUCACACAGCUGUACAUGCAGCUCCUGCAUGAGAUCAUUCGCAAGCGAGACAACGCGCUGGAGCUCUCCCAGCUGGAGAACAGGAUCCUGAACCAGACAGCCGACAUGCUGCAGCUGGCUAGCAAGUACAAGGACCUGGAGCACAAGUUCCAGCACCUGACUAUGCUGGCUCACAACCAAUCAGAGGUGAUCGCACAGCUCGAGGAGCACUGCCAACGAGUGCCUGCAGCCAGACCCGUGCCCCAGCCACCCCCAGCCACCCCACCUCGGGUCUACCAACCCCCCACCUACAACCGCAUCAUCAACCAGAUUUCCACCAACGAGAUCCAGAGCGAUCAGAAUCUGAAGGUGCUGCCGCCGCCUCUACCCACCAUGCCCGCCCUCACCAGUUUGCCAUCUUCCACUGACAAGCCAUCAGGCCCAUGGAGAGAUUGCCUACAGGCCCUGGAAGAUGGCCACAGCACCAGCUCCAUCUACCUGGUGAAGCCUGAGAACACCAACCGCCUCAUGCAGGUGUGGUGCGACCAAAGGCAUGACCCUGGGGGUUGGACCGUCAUCCAGAGGCGCCUGGAUGGCUCUGUCAACUUCUUCAGAAACUGGGAGACCUAUAAGCAAGGAUUUGGGAACAUCGACGGCGAAUACUGGCUGGGCCUGGAAAAUAUCUACUGGCUGACGAACCAAGGCAACUACAAACUGCUUGUAACCAUGGAGGACUGGUCUGGCCGCAAGGUCUUUGCAGAAUAUGCUAGCUUCCGACUGGAGCCAGAGAGCGAGUACUAUAAGCUUCGGCUGGGGCGCUAUCAUGGCAAUGCAGGUGACUCCUUUACCUGGCACAACGGCAAACAGUUCACCACCCUGGACAGGGACCACGAUGUCUACACAGGAAACUGUGCCCACUAUCAGAAGGGAGGAUGGUGGUAUAAUGCCUGUGCUCACUCCAACCUCAAUGGAGUCUGGUACCGUGGGGGCCAUUACCGGAGCCGAUACCAGGAUGGGGUCUACUGGGCUGAGUUCCGAGGAGGAUCUUACUCGCUCAAGAAGGUGGUGAUGAUGAUUCGGCCCAACCCUAACACCUUCCAUUAAGCCUCCCUGCCUGGCCACUCACAGCCAUUGUCAGAAGCAAUCCCAGCUGUGUGACCUCAGUCUGGGAGGACAGGGUGCUGGACUCUGCUGUCCAAAAUCACCCUGCCAGAUGAUAGAAAGGAACAGUGUUCUCUGUCCCUCCUGCUUUCUUUUACAACAGACAGCCCCUCAUGUCCCGGGACAGGACAGAACUGUAGAUUCUUUCAAUCAGUUAAGUCCCUCCACUAAAAACACAACUGCCAACUCCAACAGACAUGACAGACAUGCAUAUGAGCCACUACGUGUGUGCUUAGACACAUAUAUCACACGUGGGAUGUCUAGAUACACAUAUGGGUCUCCACAUAUACUUAUCUGCUUCACACUCGGUUCUCAGAGGCUGACGCCAGCACAACAGCUUUGCACUUAGGAGAAUGCAUUUCUCUUUGUCUAAGGACAGAACAGGCUAUAUAGCCUGAAUUCAAAACACAGUCCUUGGCAUUGCCUAGAUUCUUCCCAGAAUGUCUGUAAGCUCAUCGCUCACAUAGGGUUCCUGAUCUUCUCUCUUCGGAGCCCCUUUGGGUACCUAAUCAACUGCUUCCCCUUUCAAGGUUGUAUUUUCCCCUUCUCAGGACAGCUCAGCAUUCCUCCGUCCAGUCACCCCUCAGCCUGCACCUUCUGUGUCUUGGUCUGUGGCUGCUCACUGGAGGUCAAGGGUCCUCUUCUCCCUUCUCCUUGGCCUCUCCUCUUCUGCCACACAGACCUUUAUUUUUUGCACAAUUCAUUGGCCUCUGGUGAGGAAACAGUCUGGGAUCAGAUUCCGGCUGGGAAAGGGAAGGCCAGACCAAAGGCCACAGUGGCAGCCACAUAGACCUGUACUCAGUUUUGCACCUUCCAUUCAUACUUUAGCCUCCACAGAAUUUUAACCUCCACACAAAUAGUACCCUGCCUUGCCAGAGACACGCCACUGGAGAGAAGUCACUGCCAGCAUGUUGGGACCCCAGUAACUGCGAUUUGAGGUCCUGUGCUCAUGGGUAACAUUUUGCAUCCUGUCCCCAAGCUACACCUCCCCAGAAGAUGGGGCCACACAAGGAUAAACUGACUGUUUUCCAUGUGUUGCAAUGCCCUCAGGGCUGGCUGCUGUACCAUACAGUCCUGAAUCCUGCAGGGCUUACAGUUACCAGAUGACUGCCAUGCAUACAGGGCAACAGAUAAGUCAAGAAGGUGAGACCCUCCCGGUGGGUACAUGUGCCAGGUGUGUGAGGUGUGGGGCAUUUGGUACUGUCCACAUCUGGGUACAUGCCUAUUACCUCAGCAUUUCUCCCAAUGUAGCAUGUUCUGUGUAUAUAUAUAUAUAUAUAAAAGGGAGGUUUGUUGUUGUUGUUUUUUUUUUUAAUAUAUUCCCAGACUAUCCUUGUAUUGACACAAAUCUGCAAUAAAAGCCAUCAGUGCUGCGUGGA